AUGUCUAAUAUCAACGAUAUUCUUAAUGGUCUUAACUCUGAGUUUGCUGGUGAUGCAAAUACAGGUACUGAUAACGAUGCAAACAGAGAUACUGGUGCUAAUGAUGAUAAUGUGACCACUCAAGAGGUCACGGGUAUAUUUACAAGUUUCGAUUCCUUAGUUUGGGAGAAUGAUAACUAUUAUCCAUUUAAGGGGCCCAAUUUUCCUAGUUGGCUUGCUACAUUGUCAUGGAUUAUCGAUGGUUCUAGAAUUAAUGCUGGUGAUACAUUUACUUUAAAAAUGCCUUGUGUUUUUAAAUUCACAAGUACGGAAAAUCAGGUUGAACUCAAAGUUGGGUCUAAAGUGUAUGCUACAUGUAUGUUUAGUCCUGGCGAUGUGGUGGUUCCGUAUUCCGAAUUAGCCUGUCAUUUUGAGGAUUCGGUUCUCCCAACCACAUACGCCUGGGGGACAAUUAGGUUCCCAUUCACAUUCAAUGCUGGAUAUUCAGGUUUGGCCACUGAUCUUACAUGUGCUAAUUAUUUUCAUGGUGGUUCGAAUACGGUAACAUUUUAUGAUGGCGACAAUAGCCUUCCUAUAGAAGUAGAUUUUGUUGCAGGCGCUACCACUGAUCCCGAUAAAAUUGUUCGUAUCAAUAGGGUCAUCCCUACUUUGAAUAAACAGCAGCAUUAUCUCUUGGGAGGAAAAUGUUCCAAUGGUUACACCACUGCUACAUUGGGGUUCGAGGUCCAAAAGGAAGGUGUUGAAAUAGACUGCGCUUCUAUCCAUGCUGCCAUUGUCGAAAAGUUAAAUGAUUGGUACUUUCCUGAAGAGGUGGUUAGUGCUUAUGUUGAAACAAACUGUUCCACGACUUCAUAUAUAGCGACUUUUACAAACAUUCCUUCUGGGUUCAGACCAUUCGCGGGAGUGUUUAUGCGUGCGGACAUUGGAAUCGCCAAUAAAAUUUUGUAUAUUAACCGCUAUCAUUGCCAAGGAGAUACAGAAGAGACCGACAACCUGAAAACGGUCACUUGGUCGCGAUAUACGAACAAUCUGCCAGGUGGGAAUGGUCAAGAAGUUGACCUUGUUACAAGAACAUAUACAGGUCUGACUACCCAACGUUCAACUAUGUCAUAUGUUCCUGGUGAAGGUACCAUGACUGUUGUUGUUGAAAUACCUGUGCCCACUUUGACUAUCACUAGUACAUGGGAUGGCCCUCAUACUACUUCUACCAUAUCUGCCGCACCAGGGGAUACAGGCACAGUGAUUGAACUAAUUCCCGGAGAGGCUAUUGGGGAUAUCGAAACUACAAGCUCAGAAAUUGAAGAAUCGUUAGAAACCGAAGAACCAACUACAGAAGUACCAAGCUUGACACCCAUUGAAGACGAAUCCCAAAGCUCGCAACAAGAAGUUGAAACAAUUGUAGAAGAUGAACCAACCACAGAAGCUCGAGAAUCAACUGUCACAGAAGAAGAAACACCAAUUAUAAUGACAUCAGAUGAAGAUACCUCCACUUCUCCUGUCUCCACAACUACCCCUACAGUCGAAGAUUGUGAAACACCAGUAUCUGAUCCAUCUUCAACAAUUCCCCUUUCAACCACCAUCAACAACGAAACGUGGACAAGUGUGUCAACAGAAGAAUGUUCAUCUGCAUCAGCUUCGAACAUCGCUAUUGACUCAUCAACCGUUUUAAAAAGUUCAUCACCUGGCACCGAACUCUCAAGUGAGUCAACGGCAUCAGACACCGAAACAUGCAUUGGAUGUGUUAUCCCUACCAAUGUUAUCCCAAAAUUACCAACUACAACUCAUAUAACUGUAUAUUUGACUAAGGCAACCCAAAGUGAGAACGAUGAUAGUAUACCAAGCCAAUCGAGUGACUCCAAUCGUGGCCAACAGGGAACUCUUAGUGAUGAGCCAUCUCGAUCAAGUUCUCCUUCUGACAAUAUGCAGUCCAAUGCUCCAUCUUCUGCUAUCACAGAUGUGUACAUAGGUUCUGCUCCCCCAUUGGAUGUGUCUUUGGUUUUGGUUCUCUUCGUUGAGUUGAUGCUUGCCUAUAUUGUUUGA